AAAAAGAAGUGCAGAGUUCGCCUCGGGAUUGGGAGCCGCUGUCCAUUCCCAAUCCCACCCAAACUGACGCCAUCGGAUGCCAGCAUGGUAACUGUGUCAGUUUGGAAAAACCGGGAGAAGAAGAACGUAAAGAAUAACCACCAACUUGAUUCUUCCUUUGUCUCUUCUUUCUGUUUGAAACCGUCUACAACAUCUCUGACGCCCCUCGACCCUUUGUCUGGCCGAACACCAAUCGGCACUCCAUCCCCCUCACCCCCUGGAUCCCCUGCCAGAUCCCCUUCCACUCUCUCCAAGUUCUUCAGCCUCUCCUCCCGCUCCUCUCUCCACAUGUCUUCUUCUUCUUCUUCUUCUUCUUCUUCUUCUUCUUCUUCUUCUUCUUCUUCUUCUUCUUCUUCUUCUUCUUCUUCUUCUUCUUCAGAGGAUCACAGACCUCCUCCCCUUUUAAUGCCUCCUGUGUUUCCCUGACUGUCUCAACCCAGUCAUCCUCCUCUGCCACUCCCCCCGGUCCUACCUGCCCUUCCUCCCCAACCCACAUCUCCUCCCCUGCCCCCCGGUCCUCCUCUCCAAACCCCCUGGACCACCAUGGAGAGACCAACAAAGACAGUGAGACCGCCAGGUACUGCAGCCUGAUAUCAAAUUUCAUGCCAACACCAUUGAAUUGAAAAAGCCAAUAUAAUAUAGCUAACCUAAUGCAUAUGUCUGUGUGUCUUUACAGAGAUCUCAUGAGCUCUGAGGUCAAAGAGGUGGGGGCAGUUGUUCCACAGGCAAAGAGAGUGGUGCCCCGAAUUACUGCCAUCGCAGGUCUGUAAACGGGUGCCAUUUGUUGCCGCUAUUUUUCUCCAUUCAUCUUUGACAAAGCUACUCUCUUACCGCUGUCUGUCUCUCUGUCUCUCUCUGCAGAGGCCUCCAUUGACCUGAGGGCUUCCUCUGUCUCCCUGGAGAGGUAAGUACUGUAGACAAUAGCCACCUUCAUCUCACUCGACUACAUAAGAGUCGUCACUCACACCAUGACAUGGUAAGGAAUAUCUGUAUGCCUGUACAUUAAAAACGGUGUUCAAACAGACAGAUUGGUUGAGCUACUUCUACUGAGGCCUCUAACCUGUCUCUCUUCCUCCAGGCCAUUGGUCAGGUCUCGGGACGCCAUGGCCCGCCUCCGCAACCUGUUCAGCAAGAGUAGCACCCAGCUGGGGGAGCAGAGCUGCACAGGCGAGGUCAAAGACAACACCAAGCUCCUUGGGUAAAACACACACACACCUACUCUUAUCUCUGAACUAUGAUUUUUGUUUAAAAUAAUUCAGUGUGGUACUCAAAGUUAUCUUGCUUUCAUGCCUUACAAAUCCAUUAAUUAGUUUACCUUUGGUCCACAGUUCAGAUAUUAGUGUGUAACUGAUGGCUUCUUUCCCACAGGUUGCCUAAUAUUGGCAACACCUGCUUCAUGAACUCUGCUCUGCAGUGCCUGCUGGGGCUGCCAGCAUUUUGCAGAGACAUCCUGAGACAGCAGGACAUCUGGAGUUCCUCCCCCUCCUCUAAACUGCUCAGGUAUAUAGCCUCGCUCUCACUCUCCUGUCCCACCUGUACACACUGACCCACCCACCAGUACACAAGUCCCGCCUCAAUGUAUGUAUCAGUGGAGGUUGCUGAGGGGAGGACGGCUCAUAAUAAUGUCUGGAACGGAGCAAAUGGAAUGGCAUCAAACACAUAGAAACCAUAUGUUUGAUGUAUUUGAUAGCAUUCCACUCAUUCCGCUCCAACCAUUACCACGAGCUCUUCCUCCCCAAUUAAGGUGCCACCAACCUCCUGUGGUAUGUAUGUAUGUACAGUAUGUACAGUAUGUACAGUAUGUAUGUAUGUAUGUAUGUAUGUAUGUAUGUAUACUGAACAAAAAUAUAAACGCAACAUGCAACAAUUUCAAAGAUUUUACUGAGUUACAGUUCAUAUAAGGAAAUCAGUCAAUUGAAAUAAAUAAAUUAGGCCCUAAUCUAUGGAUUUCACGACUGCGCAAGGGCGCAGCCAUGGGUGGGCCUGGGAGGGCAUAGGCCCACCCACUGGGGAGCCAGGCCCAGCCAAUCAGAAUGAGUUUAUCCCCACAAAACGGCUUUAUUACAAACAGAAAUACUCCUCAGCACCCCCUCAGACGAUCCCGUAGGUGAAGAAGACGGAUGUGGAGGUCCUGGGCUGGCGUGGUUACACAUGGUCUGCGGUUGUGAGACUGGUUGGAUGUACUGCCAAAUUCUCUAAAACGACGUUGGUGGACAUUCCUGCAGUCAGCAUGCCAAUUGCACACUUCCUCAAAACUUGAGACAUCUGUUGUAUUGUGUUGUGUGACAACAUUUUUGAGUGGCCUUUUAUUGUCCCCAGCACAAGGUGCACCUGUGUAAUGACCAUGCUGUUUAAUCAGCUUCUUGAUAUGCCACCUGUCAGGUGGAUGGAUUAUCUUGGCAAAGGAGAAAUGCUCACUAACAGGGUUGUAAACAAAUUUGUGCACAACAUUUGAGAGAAAUCAGCUUUUGUGCGUAUGGAAAGUUUCUGGGAUAUUUUAUUUCAGCUCAUGAAACAUGUUGCAUUUAUAGUUUUGUUCAGUAUUCUGUAUGUAUGUAUGUAUACUGUCUUUCGUACAUUCCUAGUGCCUCAUAUGAUUUUUAAGAUAAAACCACACUCAAAUCAGCCACUGAUUAACAUCAGAGGUGAUUUCCUGUCACAAUCAGGAAUCAGUUUAAUCAUAUUUGAUCAGAGGCUAAAGUAGAAGCACAGAGCUAACCUGUGGCCAAAGUGAGAGAGAGUGAAACCUGAAUGAAUGCUCUUUGUCUCCCUCCACAGCUGCUUUGCCGAUUUACAUCAGGCAAGGCUUUCUGGAGGCACAGUUAAGGCUAAGAUAAAGGAAAAUAAGAAAAUCCUUCAAACAGUCAAGAGCUGUAUCUUCGUUGGCAACGAGGACGACGAUGAACAGGUAAGGUACUGUAGGCUAAACACUCACUUUCCAAUAAACCUGUGACAAGUGACAAUCUUUUUUCUUAGCUCUAUUUCAGUUGUAGUUGUUUAUGUAUUUUCUUCUCUUAGGGUGCCCAUGAAUUUGUGGUGCUCCUCCUCUUUCAGCUGAAGGAGGAGGGUAUGGCAUUAAAGGCCAUACACCUGCCCCGUGAAGCAGUUAGAAUUCAAGCUGAAGACUACCCGUACCUGCACCAGGUAACAGCUGUUAUUUGUAUACGGUGUACAUUGAUGUCUUCAUCACAUUUGUGAGGAGGUUUAAUGUCAGCAAAACAUGAAGGAUACAGAGGUAAAGCAUUAAGCUAGUUAGUGUGUAAAGGGAUCACAGGUUUGUGUUUGAGAAGCAUUUCUAUCCCUACCUCUGAAGCUGUGGAGUUAUAGUCUAUGGUCAGGAGGAUUACAAUCACCUGUCACUGAGCCUGGACCUCUACUUUAAGGUCAGCACUUAGCUUAAACCAAGAGUUAGUGAGUAUGUCAAGGAACACUAUCAUUAAUGUCAUAAUGUUCAUAGUUGUAUUGCUGUGCUAUGUCACCUAGCCAUCUGCUUUAGAGUGUGCAUGCAGGGACUGCUCAGGCAGCAUUGCAUCUGUGACUAGGCACUUCCUCACGCUGCCCCGGUGAGUCCCCCCAUCAUCCACCCCCAAUCAUCUACCCCCAUCAUCCACCCCCAAUCAUCUACCCCCAUCAUCUACUCUCAGAUUACAAUUGACUGUCCUGAUCUAACUCAACAAACUGGGUUAUUGAUUUGAGUACAAGACUGAUUCCUUUGUCUGUGUGAAUGCCUGUCCGUCUGUCUGUGUGAAUGCCUGCCUGUCCGUCUGUCUGUGUGAAUGCCUGCCUGCCUGCCUGCCUGCCUGUCUGUCUUUGUCUGUCUGUCUGUCUGUGUGAAUGUCUGUCUGUCUGUGUGAAUGUCUGUCUGUCUGCCUGUCUGUCUCUGAGCAGGGUCCUAAUGCUUCAUAUGAAGCGGUUUACUGCAGGCGACUGGGAGCCAGAGAAGGUGGAUGAUCCCAUGUCCAUCCCUGCAGAUCUGACCCUCCCAGCCCUAUGUGGAGAGACAGCCUCUGUCCAGCAUGGAGCCAGGUUGGUUUACACUCUGUUUGGGGACAUUGUACAUUGAGUAGCCAACACACACUAGAUAUUGAUUUUCAAUGCCAUCGAUUUACACAGGGCAAGCUCACUGGGAAACAACAACGUGGACAACAUACCUGCAAACUCCGCAGAAGGCACCCUUGAUAGACCAGGUAGGACAUUGUGUUACUGAAAUCACACAGAACACCCACUCAUGAAACAGGACUGUUAAGAAAAGCAAGUCGGAAGCUGAAGUUAUGAGUACAUUUGUAGAUAGAAGGUUUCCACUUCAAUUUUUGGUUUGUAUUUACACUAUAUUUGAUAUACCAGCUUCAAACUCCUCUGACCAGCUAGAGAAACCAGCUGACAGUGAGAAAGGGCAGCAGACAGCCGCUGUGGUGAGGAGAGAGAGAGAGAGAGAGAGAGAGAGAGAGAGAGAGAGAGAGAGAGAGAGAGAGAGAGAGAGAGAGAGAGAGAGAGAGAGAGAGAGAGAGAGAGGAAAAUAAAUAACAGAUAAUUAGAUCCAGUUGAGAUAGUGGGCGGAUCAAGAUAAGGCAGUUAUAUAAGGCACCCCUAUCCUGUAGACAAAAUAAGAAUCCUAUUAUUAAAUGUGUUUCCUUAUAGAGACACCAGACAGACAAUAUCUACAAAUUGUCAAGUGUGAUCUCACAUCUGGGAGACAACAUGUAUACAGGUAAAAUGCACGUACGCAUGCACGGACACAAUUAUGAAAUCUUAAUGUACACUCUAUUCUGUCUCCCUUGUUCCCCAGGCCACUACAUCAGUGAUGUUUUGGACAGCCGUGGGAGUGGGUGGCUCUGCCUGGAUGACUCACGUGUCUUGAGGACAGAUGAGGCCACUGUGCUGAGGGCGAGGGCACAGACUGCCUACAUCCUGUUCUACGUCUGCAGGUAAGGCUCUAGCCCACACAUUUGAGAAGAACGCCACAAGUGGAGUCAAUGUUGACAAUGAGUAGAAUAAAAUAAUAAAAAUACAGUGGGGAAAAAAUGUAUUUAGUCAGCCACAAAUUGUGCAAGUUCCUGUAAAUUUUCAUCAUAGGUACACGUCAACUAUGACAGACAAAUUGAGAAAAAAAAAUCCAGAAAAUCACAUUGUAGGAUUUUUUAUGAAUUUAUUUGCAAAUUAUGGUGGAAAAUAAGUAUUUGGUCACCUACAAACAAGCAAGAUUUCUGGCUCUCACAGACCUGUAACUUCUUCUUUAAGAGGCUCCUCUGUCCUCCACUCGUUACCUGUAUUAAUGGCACCUGUUUGAACUUGUUAUCAGUAUAAAAGACACCUGUCCACAACCUCAAACAGUCACACUCCAAACUCCACUAUGGCCAAGACCAAAGAGCUGUCAAAGGACACCAGAAACAAAAUUGUAGACCUGCACCAGGCUGGGAAGACUGCAUCUGCAAUAGGUAAGCAGCUUGGUUUUAAGAAAUCAACUGUGGGAGCAAUUAUUAGGAAAUGGAAGACAUACAAGACCACUGAUAAUCUCCCUCGAUCUGGGGCUCCACGCAAGAUCUCACCCCAUGGGGUCAAAAUGAUCACAAGAACGGUGAGCAAACAUCCCAGAACCACACGGGGGGACCUAGUGAAUGACCUGCAGAGAGUUGGGACCAAAGUAACAAAGCCUACCAUCAGUAACACACUACGCCGCCAGGGAAUCAAAUCCUGCAGUGCCAGACGUGUCCCCCUGCUUAAGCCAGUACAUGUCCAGGCCCGUCUGAAGUUUGCUAGAGUGCAUUUGGAUGAUCCAGAAGAGGAUUGGGAGAAUGUCAUAUGGUCAGAUGAAACCAAAAUAUAACUUUUUGGUAAAAACUCAACUCGUCGUGUUUGGAGGACAAAGAAUGCUGAGUUGCAUCCAAAGAACACCAUACCUACUGUGAAGCAUGGGGGUGGAAACAUCAUGCUUUGGGGCUGUUUUUCUGCAAAGGGACCAGGACGACUGAUCCGUGUAAGGAAAGAAUGAAUGGGGCCAUGUAUCGUGAGAUUUUGAGUGAAAACCUCCUUCCAUCAGCAAGGGCAUUGAAGAUGAAACGUGGCUGGGUCUUUCAGCAUGACAAUGAUCCCAAACACACCGCCAGGGCAACGAAGGAGUGGCUUCGUAAGAAGCAUUUCAAGGUCCUGGAGUGGCCUAGCCAGUCUCCAGAUCUCAACCCCAUAGAAAAUCUUUGGAGGGAGUUGAAAGUCCGUGUUGCCCAGCGACAGCCCCAAAACAUCACUGCUCUAGAGGAGAUCUGCAUGGAGGAAUGGGCCAAAAUACCAGCAACAGUGUGUGAAAACCUUGUGAAGACUUACAGAAAACGUUUGACCUGUGUCAUUGCCAACAAAGGGUAUAUAACAAAGUAUUGAGAAACUUUUGUUAUUGACCAAAUACUUAUUUUCCACCAUAAUUUGCAAAUAAAUUCAUAACAAAUCCUACAAUGUGAUUUUCUGGAUUUUUUUCCCUCAUUUUGUCUGUCAUAGUUGACGUGUACCUAUGAUGAAAAUUACAGGCCUCUCUCAUCUUUUUAAGUGGGAGAACUUGCACAAUUGGUGGCUGACUAAAUACUUUUUUUCCCCCACUGUAGGUGUUUACCAAAGUUAGAAAGCUGAUUAAUUGACCACGUGUUAAGUUAUCCCUUUAACCUGUAAUCCCUCUACACAUUGUCCAGACAUUGUAUGUAAGAUCUCCCUGUCACUACUCAUUGUAGUGAAGCAGGUGAAGGAGACCAGGCCCCUCAGGACCAGGAGCAGCACCAGGAGAACCCA